UUCAUGUAACACACAACAGUCCACAUUGCUUUUUAAACUUUUACAGGUGGUUAUCAGGUGCAAAGGUGUGGUGCGCUCCAAAAUCGGUUCUGUGACAUUUUUGCCACAGUAUAGUAAUUAUGAAAUAUCUUACAACACUGAAGAACAAGAUAAGUGGCUUGGAUUGUCGGACCUCUGGGUAAACUGGCUAUGUCAAGUUCUUUGACAAGAAACUGUAAGGUACUGCACCCUGCAACAGUCUCAAAGGCAUGAUGUAGGAUGGUCGACGGAAUAUAUCUAACAAGCACCUCCCACAACAUCGGCAGCCAUUUUAAGGUACGUUUCUUAGAUACCAUGCGCAAAAAAUGCUUCCACACAUUGGACAUUGAAAUGGAGGCCCCGUAGAACUGGGGGCGGGUCUUCCUCUCCAUAAGCCGUUUUCUCAUAGGUUCAUGUGGUCGAGUGUCACGAAAUAUCCCGGGGUCGGGUGAGCCACAUUGUUUGGUGAAUGUGCUUCGAAUUGUACUAACAUCAAACCCGUAAUGAUUUUUUUUAAAUAACGAAUAGUGUUCUAAUGAUCUUUAUCUUGAAUUGAAAGUUUGGGAAUAUCUUAUGUGCGCAUUGCGCAUCGGGAAGGUGCAUAUAGUCUUACAAAGGAAAACGACAGCAGCAGGAAGCCGAGCACGACGAGUGUAUGUUUAAGGACAAAACGUUGAUCACAGGAGUGAGUUUGCUUUUGGAAUGUGUACUGGCAUUUUGGGUUAAGCACAAACCUCAUCCUGCAGCCUAUUUUAUUGGUCACAGGUGUAUUGGAGCAGGGUUGAAAAUGAAGUCUGCAGGACGGUAGCCCUCCAGGAGCAGGGUUGGUCUCAUGUCUUUGGGCAAAUCAGCUAUAAUGUUCCCACUGAUAUGUAGUGGAUAAAUGUGAGUUUAAGGAGAGCUAGCCUUUGGAGGAGAACACCAGGAUGGCUCAAAAAUGGAAUGCACUCCAGCAAGCACAGAUUAUUUCUAACCAGAGACCAGAAAUGUCUGUGGGAACUAUGGAAAGUAAUGGAAUUCCAGAGGAAUCAGAGGAGAACUUUGCACAUGAGAUAGAACAGUUGAUUGAGAAGGAGAACUUUUCAAGCAUGAUGGAUUUGCAAGACAUUGCUGAAUCGGACAUGAAAGACUUUGAGUCUGGUUCUCUGCAGCACACAUGCUAUGAAUCACCUUGGCAAGAUGUAAUGAAUUCAGGUCACCUUGAGCAAGAUAAGUCAGGGGAUAAAGGAGAAUAUAAUGGUAAUAUGACACCCUGUCCCUUGCCUAAUUCGGUAGAGGUUGAGUCCACAUUGGAAGCACACUCUGACAAGGCAAUAUUAGAAACUACUUUUGAGACAAAUGCUAGUCUUGUGGAGUAUUCGGAUAUUAGCAGCUGCUCAGACACAGAAGCAAAUCUUGAUUGCAGUUUGGGUUCAUCCAUUGAAGAUAACAUUAGUAGCAACCGGGCUGGUCUGCCUGUAGAGGAAGGAGACCAAAAUUCAAGUAAUUCAAUGGAAUUUUCUUCUUCUGAGGUCCGCCAUAGUACUGUGAAUUCAGAUAUGAGUGAAAUAAAUCCACACCAGGACACUGGGCCUCCAGCGACCAUGGGUGAGAGCAAAGAUGAGGUAAACCAUACUUGUAGUGAGGGCUCACUUAUCACAAAUUCUGAGGAUCCGUGUACAGAAGUACAAGGUGUGGAUAAUUUGAAUGGUGUAAUGCCUUUGUCAAAAGAUGGGCAAAUUGAGGAAAGGGGCAUUCUUUCUUGUGAUUUGGAUUGUUUUUUGGAUCAAACAAUGUUGCAUUGCAAAGAACUUGAUACCUCUCAGGGUGGUUCCACUUGUGCCUCAAAUCAUGCAAAUAUUCAGACUUCAUCCACUUCUUAUGAAGAUGAAAUCAAUUGCCCAACCAUAGAUUCACUAAGUAUUUGCCAAUUGGAAAGGUCAACCCCAGAUGCUGAAAACACAUCAUCAAAACCUGAACUUGAUAAGACAUUUGUCAUUUCUGACAUUAGAAAAGAUCCAUGUGGUGACUACCAGUUGGAGAGAAUGAAUCCAGAUCCUGAAAAUACAUCUCCAAAACCUGAAUUCCAAGAUACAACUGGGAUAUCUGGCCAUGGAAAGGAUUCACUUGGUGGCUGUCAAUUAGAAAGCAACCAACCAGAGCCUAAAAAAACUUCCAUAAAACGUGGCCAUGGAAAUUCUUCUCAGCUGGAAGGACAGAAAUGCUUCACGUCUGAUGAUGAACAAGUUGAGCGGAGUAGUUUUGGAUUCCUUGAAUCUUGUUUUGGUUUAAAAAGUACAACGCAGAACAUUGAGGAACUGAAACACCUGGAACAUGCACAUGUAAACCAAGUUGAUGAGUGCAGUCUGUUUAAUCACACAGAACCACCGGUUCUUCUAAAAACUGCCUUUGAAUCUAAUAAUCAGAUGGAUGAAGGAACUGAUGCACCAAAAGAUCCACUGCUACUCAGUGCUGACCUAACAUCCAGGACCUUCUUAAAUCCUGGACAGCACAAAUGUCAAACUGACAAUGGCACCAUUGCAAGCAAAGAUUCUUUUCCAUAUUUCAAGACCCAAAAGAGAAAACUGCAACCUGUUGUUGUUCUUAAGACGACUGAACAAAAAACUUGUAGUGGAAAAAACUACCAUUGCUUUGAGUGCCAAGAGUCAGCACAAAGUAUAGAUGAGCUAAUCGAGCACUACCACUGCACACAUUCUGUCCAUAAGUCUCAGUAUUGUUCUGCUUGUGAAUGUUACUUCACUGGUGACGCAUUGGCAGAACACCGCUUCUGUGGGGAAGUCAAGCUUAAUGACAAGUUAAAAUCACCACCCUCAUAUACUAAAGGGCUAACUGAGGAGAAAGCAAAGUUCAUUUGUAGGUACUGUAGGAAGUCCUUUGUUCGACAAGCUUAUUAUGAUGAACAUGAGCUGAAGCACAGAGUUGUCACACAUCAUAGAUGUGACUGUUGUGGAUUGUACUUUCCUAGUGCUCACAAAUGUCAAAGCCACAAGCGUAAAGGAGCUUGCACACCCUUGAUACUAGACCCUUCUGUACAGACUGCAGACCAUUCAGAAUCAACUCCUGGAAAAAAUGAUGUACCAGACAUGGUUGAAACCACUGUCUCCAACAAAGAACUUCGUGGUUGCUUUGUGAAGCUAAUGGAUGUAUACAAGUCACCUGAACAAAUGCAUUGUCAAGUUUGUGGGAAGACAUUCAGGCUUAGAGCACAACUGAAGGCACACCUUAGAUCACACUCCGAUGAGAAGCCCUUCAAGUGUGACAACUGUGGAAAAGCAUUCAAAUAUACCUGGAAUCUAAACAAACAUAAAAGAGAGCAGUGUGCUCAAAAGACUGUCCCACGUGAAAAAUCUUCAGUUCCAGAUAGCAAGAUUCCAAAGUUCAAAUGCCCCAUCUGUUUUCGCAUUUUCAAGUACUCCUACAAUCGGACACGGCAUUUGCGUGAACAGUGUCUCAAAGAAUACAUGAAAAAAGGCAAAGGAAAGAUUGGUGUAAAGUAUCGAUGCCCUUUGUGUAAGGAUGUGUUUACCAUGGCCAGCAACCGCAAUAGACACAUCAAGCAAACUUGCGUUAAACUUAAACUGUAUUCAGCCAAAGGUAAAACAGAUGUAAUGAAAAGAAAAGAGUUGGAGGAAGUUAUCAAUACCAAAAAUCAGGACAAAGAGUCACAGAAAUUGAGUAUGCCUGUACAAAAAGCAUCGCAGUACAAAUGCACUUUUUGUCCAUCUGUGUAUUCUAGCAAGUCUGGUUACUAUAGCCAUCUAGCAAAGCAUAAAUUGCUUGCAAAUGCCAAAAAGGCAAUCAAACACAAACAUGGUAAUGGUGUCGAUUUGAAAAGUUCAAGCUCUGCCGGUCAAAAGCCAACCAGCAAAGAAUCUGCUAAGGAUGCAAACCUUUCUUGUCGCUUCUGUGGAAAAGCCUUCACUUUACCUGACUCCCUAAAAAAGCACUUACGACUUCAUAAAGGAAACAAACCUUUUCGCUGUUUAGACUGUGGUAAAAAUUUUGCCAGGCAUGGACACCUAAUGACUCACAAAAAUGUACACAAGCGGAAUGUACAGUGUUUAGUCUGUUGGGAAGUUCUACCAUCUAUUGGAGAUUUGUUAAAACAUAGACAGUCCCAUCCAAAAAAAGGCAUGCUUAAGUGCCCCGAUUGCCCGAUGCAAUUCAGGUUUCCAGUAUUUCUGCUUCGACAUGUGGCUGUGCAUGAGAGAAGACGCAAACUUGAAGAACUUUUCCCUCCGAAGGACCAAGCUAGAACUCUAAAGGUAGAAAGGAUUUACAAAGAGGAGUUUAAAUGUGCUCUCUGCCAAGAAGACUUUGCUGAUUCAAAGGCACUUAGUGAGCAUUGUAUAACUCAUAUGCCUGAACCUUCUGCAACCAAAUGUCAGUUCUGCAAAGGCCAUUUCUCAAAUCAUGCUGGGCUGAUUCGUCACAUCCGCCUUCACACUGGUGAAAAGCCUUUUCCAUGUCUCACUUGUGGCAGACACUUCAACAGAAAGGAAUAUCGUAACGUACAUCAGGAAAAAUGUACAGGGGAGCAACCGCCUUUAUUACAAACGUCAAAUGCUGAAGAAACACAGGCAGAACACAGUGUAGAUACUGCAUUAAGCAAGACCAACAAACUCUAUAAUUGCUCAUACUGCCCACAUUCAUUUCGUUUUCCCAACAAUUUGAAACUCCACGAGAGAGCCCAUUUGGCAAAGACAGUUUUCCCUUGUUCAAAGUGUGGGAAGUUUUACAGGAAAAGAAAAUUUAAGGCUCACGAUGAGAUCUGCAAUGGAGACAAGUUAAAACCUGCUUGCAGAAAAUGUGGGAGAGUUUUUACAAGAAAAAACUACAGAAAUGGUCACGAAAAGCAGUGCCAGGGCAAUCUAUCAUCCGAGAACAAAACUGGUACAAAGGAGGAGAGCAAGUUUAAGCAGCAAUGCCCAAAAUGCUUUAAAUGUUUUAGAACUAGAAGUUUUCUCCAGAAACAUCUCUCUCUUCAUUCAAAGGAAACCCCAUAUGUGUGCAUGCAUUGUGGACAGAAAUUUGACAAUCAGGAUCGAUACUUGCAACAUGAGGCUUUUUGUGAUGGUGUGACUAAGGAACGUAGAUUGGAAAGUUUAAAAGGAUCUGAGAAAAUUAAAUCGAUGUUUGCUGAAGAAAAAAAUCAGAAAGAGGUCACUGUGGUUCCUGGAGGAAAUGGUGAGUCAUUGAAGUGCAAAUUUUGCACUAAAUCAUUUUUGAGGGCCAGAAAUCUAAGACAUCACAUCCUCACUCAUACAGAGGUCAAGCCAUAUCGGUGCAAGACUUGUGAAAGUUGUUUCUCACGCUAUGAUCAUUUAAAAUUGCACCAAGCCCGCUGCAGAGGAAAACGACGACUUGAGGUACGAGUUGUAAAGAUGAGUCUAGACGGCUUGAACACAAGUUCCCAAAGCAAAACACAGGAAGGUGACCCAUUGCAAUGCACAGUUUGCUUAAAGCGGUUGUCCACCCAGAGUGAUCUGAAGCGCCAUAUGGCCAUGCUCCACAUUACCGAUAAACCUUUUCCUUGCAAAAGAUGUGGCAAAACUUACAGUACUAAAAAGACUUUGAGCAGGCACAACCUCACCAUUAGAUGCAAAAAGGUUUCAAAGGAAAGUGGGUCAUCUGCCACAAACAAUGUUCAAAACCAACCAUGCAGGGAAACUUCCAAACUUUUGCAACGUAUACAAGUGCACUACAUGAACAAAUUUAAAUACCAAUGCGAGUAUUGCCCUCGACGCUUUAAAUUAUCAGGACAACUGAAGGUGCAUGUACGUCUUCAUACAGGAGAAAAACCAUAUGGCUGCGCUAACUGUGGAGAACAUUUCAUCAGGACAGACUAUUUGAAACGGCACUUGGCUAAAUGCAACGGAAAGGGGGAAAACCAAGAAAAAGUCCUUUGUGACAAGUGUGGUGACCUGUUUACCCGGGACACACUGUCUGUACACCAGAAGACCUGUGUCGUCAGCUCAAAAUCAUCUGGAUCUUCUCAAGAGGUGAACAAGAGCCCCACAAAGAUAAAAGGCUUUUCAUGUGCUAACUGUAGUGACCGUUUUUUAUUAUUCUCACAGCUCCAGCAACAUUUUUUAGCAAAGCAUAGAUCUGAUCAGCCACAAGAAUCAGUUAACGAUCAACAGCAAUUGACAUCAAGUCAUUUGGAAAUCAUAAAGCAAGAGCCGGUUGAUGAGGGGUAUGGGCAGAACCAAGAAAGCAGCAGUCCGAUAAGGGAGCGACGAGCAUGUUCAAACAAAGACAAUAGUAAGCCUCUUAAAUGCCCAGAGUGCAACAUGCGGUUUUCCAAGCGCGCUGGACUGGGUAUGCACAUGCGCAUACAUAAUGGAGUAUACCCGCUUUCUUGCACAAAAUGCCAUGUUGGUUUUUGGACCAAAAAAACAAUGGAGAAACACAGGAGAAAAUGUACAGGUAACACAAUCAUCUCAAAUAAUGGAUCUGCCCUGGAAAGUGCAGGUGAAUUAGAUUGUGCUAUAAAUGACACUGUGCUGGUAUUUAACAAGGGUUCCAAUACAACAGGAACCGGAGUACUGCAGACUAAGUUUUCAUGUAAAGAUCAAGACCAGGAAAAUGAUGCAGAAAAAGGAGAUGCUGCUGUUCACAAGUAUCAGUGUUCUGAGUGUGAUCAGAGUUUUACAGAUGGACUGAGACUCAUAAGUCAUUUAGAGGAACAUGGCCGUGAAGAUCAAGAGCGCAAAUCAGACAUCCACAGAUGUCAUGUGUGCAAUAAAGUCUUUGCUCAAGCUGGUAUAUUGCAAAGGCAUAUGAAAAUCCAACAUCAGGCAAAAACGGAUAAUACCUGUGAAAUUUGUUUGAAGCGUUUUCGUUUUCCUUCUGACCUGGACAUCCAUAGAUCUUGUCAUGACCCCAGUCGUCCCUUUGUCUGUAACCGUUGUGAGAUGCGGUUUUGGACUGCUAAAUCCCUGACCAUUCACCAAAGGAUGGCUCAUUUGCAUGCAAACCUGCCCAGUUCAAAAGAACCUACUGUGAAAGCAAGAACAGAGCAACCUGAAGUAUAUAGGUGUGAACCAUGUGACAAAACCUAUACGGUAAAAAAGUCAUACACGAAGCACUGCAGAAUAAAACAUGGACAGGUUUCAGUCAAAACACUCACUGAUGAAUUGAAAAAAUCCUCUGCCAGUCCAAGUCAGGAGUCAGAUAAGGAAGAGUCCAACAGAAAUUUUGAAGAUGAAGAUGACAGCGACAAUGACUCAGAUUCAGCACCAUACUUUCCCUGCCAUGUUUGUGGUAAAACAUUCUUAACAUCAGAAAAUCUUGAGGAUCAUCAAAGAUGUCAUCUUGGCGAAAAACCCUUUGAGUGUGAGGAAUGUGGGAAGUGCUUUUUUCAGCUAGCGAACUUGCAGCAACAUCAGCGAUGUCACAAGUCUGAGUUUCAGUGUCAAAUGUGUGGCAAAGGUUUUGUUUCGCUCUUCUCCCUGCGCAAACACAAACAAACACAUAUCAGAAAGAGCCCUCAUCGCUGUACUAAAUGUCACCUGAGCUUCACACGCCCAACGGAACUAGCUGAGCACAUGGUUACCCACCGUGAUGAAAACUUUCCCUGUGACCUUUGUGAUGAAACCUUUUCCUGCAAAACAAGUCGGGCGGAGCAUCGUAAGAUGCACACAGAGCAAGAAGAAGAGCUUCCACCAUUGAUUCCACCCCAACAGCCUCAAACAAAGCAAGGGACUUCAGCCAUCCCCAGUAAAAGCCUUUCAUCAAGUAACGUUGAGCAGUACAAGUACCGCUGUGGAAUUUGCCAAGUAAGAUUUCCAGAUCCAGAACAGCUCUCAGAACAUGGCUGCAGUCCAGCAAAAGAGCGGCCAUACUCAUGUCCAGAAUGUAACAAGCAUUUCUUGCAUGGUUCCCACCUAAAAAAGCACCAGCUCAGCCAUCAGCUGUCAGGACCUCGUUCUUAUCAGUGUAAUCACUGCAGCAUGAGCUUCACCCACCACCACCUUUUUCUCACCCAUUUACGAAGCCACAGCAAUGAAAAGUCUUCCAAGGACAGUAACUUUCCUACCAGUGAAAAGGUUAUACGUGUAGAAACUGUGAAGCGUGACAAAAUUUACCAGUGCCCCAUAUGUCCUGAGAGUUUUUACCAAGCGUUGGACCUCGCGAAUCACCUUUCUGUUCAUUCUCAUAUGUGCAGCGUCUGUAAUAUGACUUUUCCCACUAAGAAAGACCUUGACGAACAUGAACAAUGCCAUUUGACUGCUGCUACACAGUAUGAAUGCACCGAAUGUGGAGACAGCUUUCUUGGAAGCGAUGCUUUCCGCAAACACCACUGUAGUAAUCGAAAUUUGACCUUUUUAGAUAAGCACCAUUCACAGUCAUCCGUUUCUUCCUCCAAGAAGCAAAGUUCAGGAACUCAUUUUCAAGCAGGCGAUGAAGAGGAAGAGGUUGACGUUGGAGAAGACUUCAUUAUUUGCCCUAUCUGUAAAAGACGGUUCUCCUCCAAUAGCAGUUUAAUGGAGCACCAUAAAAAGCAUCAUGAGGAUCCGCGUCCUUUCAAGUGCUUGGUUUGUGAGAAAGGUUUUACGAAGAAAAGAUACCUUACGCAGCACCAGCAGAUACACAGUGAACGGCCUUACCGGUGUGAUGUGUGCUCAGAAUCCUUUAAAACGGAACCGGCUCUCAUAUCUCACCAUAGAAUGCAUGAUGCAAAAAGGCAACACCAGUGCCCAAUAUGCUGCAGAACCUACCUUACAGCAAACGAUCUUGCAAAACAUAAACGGAAACAUGUUGAACAGCAAAGCUUGAGUCAGGACAACAGAGAGUUCCGGUGUGAUAUGUGCUAUAAAUCCUUCACCAUGUUUGAUCAGUUGCAAAAGCACCAGGAAACCCAUGUAGGACAAGUAGUCUAUGAAUGCACAGAGUGUGACAAAGCCUUUGCUUUUCUAAAUCUUUUGGAGGAGCAUCAGCGGACUCAUGCUGCUGCUUCUGCAGAAGCUCUUCAGUCCCAAUCCCCAAUCCAUUUUCCCUACCAAAGCCCAGUGAAUUAAUAAAGGUUGAAUUACUGAUGACUGUUUCCUGCAAUGCAGGUUAUUCAAAAUCAUUCAGUUUUCUGAACAUUAUUUCUUAAGAUAGAACUGUACAUACAAUCCAGUUGUUCUUUUUACUUAGGCCUAACUGCUUUUAUCCACUUUGAAAUGUGGCCAUGGGUGUUUUACCGUAGUUCUGAAUCGGUCUGUUAAUGUUCAUACAAUCUACUCUCUUCUAUGGUUCUGUGAACUGCUGACUAAAUUGUUUGUACAGUACUCAGACUGAUUUGUGUGUAUAUUAAAUGUAUGCAAUCUAGAUGUAUGGAACUAGAGGUAUAUAUGCAUGAAUGAAGUAGUUGGAGAUGUUAUUGUUCCACAGUACAGUUCACAAGGAUGUAUAGUUGAAAAUCCUGCAUCAUUCCUUCAUUGUUGAAGUCAUUUUUGACCUUGCUAAAAUUACUAGCCAUACGUGUUUUUUAAACAUCAUUUUGAAAUUAGAGGAAAUCUGUAGAUUUAAUUGUUAAUAUUUCAUAGUAAUGUUAACGUUUUUUUUUUUUUUUUUUUACUAUCCAUGUGUUUGUAAACAUUUUAAGGUCAAGUUAAGGGUUCAUCACAGUAGUUAUAUAUGGUGUGAAUGCUUCUUGAGUUAAAAUAAUGUAUUUUACGUUUCAUAAAAAUCCCGCUUUAUCUUUUUGAGAACAGUCUAACUUCAAUGGCUUUGCUCAAAGAAAUAAAAUAAAGGAGAAAAUGUCAAACUUCCGGCUUGACAAAAAUACUGUACCCUUUCUGUUUAAACUACAUUAGUGCUAACAUAUAUAUGGCUUUGAAAACCUGAUGUUUUACUUUUGUAUUAUAUGGAAAUGUUGAGAAUUUAUUCAACUAGUAAACAUUUACACCUAC